AUGGUUUUGAGCAUUCGAUUAUGGGUGUUGAUCAUUGUUUGUAGUCAGAUUCUAGUCGUUUUCGCUGCAAGAACAGAUCCAAAUGAUCUUGGUGUGCUAAAGGCAAUCAAGUCUAGCUGGCGGAAACUACCACUAAAUUGGAGGGGUUCAGAUCCCUGUGGAAGAAAAUGGGAAGGAGUUAACUGUACCAACUCGCGUGUAACUACGUUAAAAUUGGCCGGCAUUGGAUUGAAAACUAAGGACAUUGGAGACAUUUCAUCUCUUUCCAUGUUGGUUUAUCUAGAUCUUUCCAAUAACAAAGGAAUUAAAGCUGUUCUUCCACAAUCUAUACAGAACUUGCAGAAUCUAACGACGUUAAUGCUGGUUGGUUGCAGUUUUAGGGGUCGAAUUCCAGAUUCAAUAGGCUCCCUUAAGAGCCUGGUCUUUUUAGCACUCAAUUAUAAUAACUUCACUGGAUCUAUCCCACCAUCCAUUGGGAAUUUAAGUAAUCUAACAUGGUUAGAUCUAACACAUAAUCAACUUACAGGAUCCAUUCCCGUGUCUAAUGGAACAGCCUUAGGCCUUGACAUGCUUCUGAAUGCAAAGCACUUUCAUUUGGGAAAUAAUCAGUUAUCUGGUCCUAUUCAAUCUCGCCUUUUCCAUGCAAAUAUGACCCUAAAACAUUUCAUAAUUAACAACAACCAAUUAAAUGGAACAAUUCCUUCCUCAAUUGGACUUUUGCCGACUCUUCAAACCAUACGUCUGGACUCGAAUAUCUUGACCGGGACAGUGCCUCAGAACAUAACGAACCUCAAAUCUGUCAGACAGCUACACUUAUCAAACAACUUCUUGACGGGACCUAUCCCAAAUCUUGCUGGAAUGAACAACCUCACUUACGUCGACAUGAGCAAUAAUAGUUUUGAUACAUCAGAUAUUCCUCCUUGGUUCACAAUUUCAUCGUUAACUACAUUGUUGAUGGACAAAACACAGAUUUCAGGAGUACUUCCAUCAAAUGUCUUCCAAUUUCAAUUGGAGCGAUUGGAGCUAAGCAACAAUAAUCUUGAUGGAACCCUGGAUAUCGGGAACAGCUAUAGCAGUGACUUGAUUGUUAAUCUGACAUACAAUUCAAUUGUUGACUUCACCCAAAAAUCUGUAUACAAUUUGAGCUUAGAUCUUUCCAAUAAUCCAGUUUGUGAAGGUGGAGCAAGAAGGAGAUAUUGUCCAUCAGGAAAUACCAAAACACCAAUCGGUUCACCACCGAUCGGUUUAACGCCAACUGGUUCACCACCAAUCGGUUUAACACCUGGUUCACUACCUAUUAGUGUACCACCAAAUAAUUGUCCAUCUGUGCGUUGUGGCUCAAAUAAAAUGCUUAGUAUAAAGUGUAAAUGCACAAAUCCAUACACAGGAAACAUAUAUUUUUUAUCAUAUACCUUCUCAAAUUUGGAUAACCAGACCUACUAUGCAACUCUCCUUGAAACUUUCAUUACAGCCUUCCGGGUCCUUCAACUUCCCGUGGAAUCAAUUUCUUUUUCUAGUGCAUCUAUUAAUGAAUUUAAAUACAUUACGUAUAGAUUGCACAUCUUUCCCUCUGAUGAAGAUUUUUUUAAUCGUUCAUCGGUUUCAUUAAUUGGCAACAUCAUCAACGGCCAACUCGAUAAACCCUACUAUGGACCAAUGAUCUUUCUUGGUGACAAUUAUUGUUGUUUUCCAGAAGACAAGUCAUCGAAUAAAUGGAUUAUCAUUUGCGCAACAAUUGGCAGUUUUUUGAUUGUGUUGUUAGCCUUGGCUAUGAUUUAUGCUAUCUAUCAGAAAAGACAUGCAACGAAAGAAAAACAGGAUAGUCCUUUCGCAUCUUGGGGGCUGAACAAUGGAAGUGAUGCUGGUGCUUUUCCUCAACUUAAAGGAGCAAGAUGGUAUUCGUUUGAAGAACUUAAACAGUGCACCAACAACUUUUCUGAAGAAAACAUAAUUGGAUCUGGGGGAUAUGGGAAGGUAUACAAAGGCAUUCUCAAUAAUGGUCAACUAAUUGCUAUCAAACGAGCUCGACAAGGAUCAUUACAUGGUGCUCAAGAAUUUAAAACCGAAAUUGAGCUUCUUUCGAGGAUUCACCAUAAAAAUGUUGUAGCCCUAGUAGGUUUCUGUUAUGAGGAAGGUGAACAAAUGUUGGUCUAUGAGUACAUUUCAAAUGGUACUCUAAAGGAAAAUCUAUCAGGGAAGACAGGUAUCAGGUUGAACUGGAUGUGGAGGCUCAGGGUAGCUCUUGAUUCUGCCAAAGGCCUGACGUACUUGCAUGAGCUUGCUAACCCUCCCAUCAUACAUAGAGAUAUAAAAUCAAAUAACAUUCUGCUGGAUCAUCAUUUGAAUGCUAAAGUUGCUGAUUUUGGUUUAUCCAAACUAUUGGGAGAAGAAGGAAAGGGUUACGUUUCUACUCAAGUGAAGGGAACAUUGGGUUACAUGGAUCCUGAAUAUUACACGACCCAACAAUUGACAGAGAAGAGUGAUGUCUACAGCUUUGGAGUUGUACUUUUAGAGUUGUUAACUGCAAGAUCGCCAAUACGAAAAGGUAAAUAUAUCGUGAAAGAGGUUAGCGAGGUGUUUGACAAGUCAGGAGACCCAAAUGGCCUAUACAACAUUCUUGACCCAUGUCUUGGUUCACCCGAAACACUUGGAGGUUUAACCAAGUUUGUGAACCUAGCAAUGAGCUGUGUCAAAGCUUCAGGAGCUCAGCGGCCCAAUAUGGGAGAAGUAGUAAGAGAGAUCGAGAGCAUUAUAGAUUUGGCUGCUUUAAGCAUGGAUUCUGAAUCGUCAUUUGCUUUUUCAAGUCAAAACACACGAAAAGGGGAUCUUUAUGAUCCAUAUAGUGAUACCGUCACUGAUGUAAGCAGUUUGUCUGUACCAUUUGAAACUGAACUGCGUAGGUGAAAUUGGGUGCAUGUGAUUAAAAAAAAUGUCACUAGCUGACUGAUUGUGAGAGGCAUGGUGUGUGCGUGUGUGUGUGUGUGUGUAUAAGAUAAAUUGUUGAAAUGUAUAUUUAGAAAGAUCCUAGUCAUAUAAACCGGAGGAAAAAGGAUUCGGAACAUACCCGAAUACCUACAGCGGAAGUAGUAGAUGGCCGUGUAUACCACCGAUCGGGGAAAGCAUUCACAAGCGCAAAGCUUUCAUUGUUUACGACCUAAGAUUCCCUUGUUUUGUUUGCCUCAAUCAAUCGUACACGAACCAGAUAAGAACAAUAUUUUGUAUUACCAAGUCUAUUUCUCUUGUAUAUCUGUGUAUACAUUAUCUCUUGUUUUUCUUUUUAUCUGUAUAUGGAUGAAACAACUCCCUUGUAUAGCCAUUCUAAU